CAUCAUCAUUAUUUGAUUUGAUAUUAUUGGAGUGGAUCGGGGUGAUAAAGUUGGUAUUGUGAUAGGCUGGGGCGGAUUAGAAUGACCCUGAUUCGCUGUUGUCUCUGAACCCUUUCUGGUACGUAACAAAGGCUCAGCGGUGACUGUCACUUGUGUUCUACCAGCUGCGACACUCGGUGCUCGAUUGCUUUCGACUGCAAGGACCAUGGCGGAUACAUGGGAUAAUGUUACAAUUCCUGAGUUCAACUCCCUUCUUCAAAUGGAUCCCUACCUCAAACAGUACGAAAAGGACUUCAGGAGGAGGUAUGGGCUGUUUGAGAAGCGUCUGUUCCUCCUGGAGGAGGCAGAAGGGGGCUUUGAUCAGUUCACUAGAAGCUACAGGACCUUUGGCGUGAACCGCAUGGCUGACAACAGACUGGUGUUGAGGGAGUGGGCCCCAGCCGCGGAGGCCCUGUUCCUUACUGGAGACUUCAAUGGUUGGGACAACUUCUCUCACCCGUACGAGAAGAAAGAGUUUGGAAAAUGGGAACUGUGUCUGCCCCCCAAGCAUGACAACUCACCAGCCAUCGAACACAACACCAAACUCAAGGUUGUGGUCCACACUAAGAAAGGGGAGCGUCUGUACCGCAUUUCACCUUGGGCCAAGUACGCCAUCCAGUCCGAGAAACAAGUCAUCUAUGACUGGGUCCACUGGGACCCUCCUCAACCUUAUCUACACAUCCACCCUCGCCCCAAGAAGCCCCAGAGUUUACGGAUCUACGAGUCCCACGUGGGCAUCGCCUCACCUGAUCCUAAAGUCGCCUCCUACACCAACUUCACAACCAAUGUCCUGCCUCGAAUAAAAGACUUGGGGUACAACUGUAUUCAGCUGAUGGCUGUCAUGGAGCAUGCAUACUAUGCCAGCUUUGGUUAUCAAGUCACAAGCUUCUUUGCUGCAUCCAGUCGUUACGGGACACCAGAGGAGUUGAAGCAGCUGAUUGACACCGCCCACUCCCUGGACAUCGUCGUCCUAUUGGACGUGGUCCAUAGCCACGCCUCCCAGAACACGGAGGAUGGGCUGAACUCUUUUGAUGGCUCUGACUCCUGCUUCUUCCACUCCCCUCCGCGCGGGGAGCAUGCUCUCUGGGGCAGCCGCCUCUUCAACUACUCCAGCUGGGAGGUGCUGAGGUUCCUGCUGUCUAACCUGCGUUGGUGGAUGGAGGAGUAUCGUUUUGAUGGCUUCAGGUUCGAUGGGGUGACGUCCAUGAUGUACCAUCACCAUGGCAUUGGCAGUAUGUUUUCAGGAGACUACUCUGAGUACUUUGGUCUUCAGGUGGAUGAAGAUUCCUUGGUCUAUCUGAUGACAGCUAAUCAUGUCCUGCACACCCUGUAUCCUGACUGCAUCACCAUCGCAGAGGACGUAUCAGGGAUGCCAGCUGUGUGCCGGUCCGUGGCAGAGGGAGGGUUGGGCUUCGACUACCGUCUUGCCAUGGCCAUUCCAGAUAAAUGGAUCCAGAUUCUGAAGGAGUUAGCAGACGAGGCCUGGGACAUGGGUAACAUUGUCUACACUCUGACAAACAGACGAUACGGAGAGAACUGCAUCGCGUACGCAGAGAGCCACGACCAGUCUCUGGUAGGUGAUAAGUCCCUGGCCUUCUGGCUGAUGGAUAAAGAGAUGUACACCAACAUGAGUUCCCUGAUCCCCAUGACUCCCGUCAUCGACCGAGGCAUCCAGCUACAUAAGAUGAUCCGCCUCCUCACACACGCUCUGGGGGGAGAAGGCUACCUCAACUUCAUGGGUAAUGAGUUCGGCCACCCAGAGUGGCUGGACUUCCCUAGGAAGGGUAAUAAUGAGAGUUAUCACUACGCCAGGCGUCAGUACAACCUGCUGGACACUGACCACCUCCGUUACAGACAGCUCUAUGACUUUGACCGGGACAUGAACCGUACCGAGGACAAGUACGGCUGGCUGGCUGCACCACCGGCGUUUGUGAGUGCCAAGCACGAGGGAGACAAGGUGAUAGUGUUCGAGAGAGGCAACGUGCUGUUUCUGUUGAACUUCCACCCAACCAGGAGCCAGACCAACUACAGGGUGGCUGUGGCCUCGCCUGGGAAAUACACCAUCAAGCUGGACAGUGAUGAGGUGCAGUACGGAGGCCAUGGCAGACUGGACCACAACACAGAGUUUUUUACUGAACCACAGCCCUUCAACGAGAGAGAGAACUCUAUGCUGGUGUACAUCCCCUGCAGGACAGCUCUGAUCCUGGGUAAUGACGACACCGAGUCCUGUUAUUAGAGCUCUGCUACGACUGACGCUCGCUACCAGCAGAAACAGACGCCCAGCUGGCGCCAACCUCAAGUGUUAUCAACCAAUCACUGUCUGUUUUUUUUUUUUUUUCAGUGUCAACCAACCAUACGCCACUAAUG